AUGGCAGGACAGCAUGGACAGCUACAAAAAUUAGUACUUCUGCCAUUCUGGAACCCAGGUUCUCCCUGCAUGAAGGAAAGGUUAGUUUUACCCCUGCGGGAAGGGUCGCUGCGUUCCUCUAAGAAGGAGCAGGUCCUGGGAGGAGUUACACCGAGCGAUUUUGCGCUGACGGGGGAGGAAGGUGCAGCUAAAACCCGCGCUUCCUCCUUCUCCGCUCCCGCCCCCCUCCAGACCCGCAGCUCUGCCCCCGCCAGCCCCGCUCCCCCGGGGGCCGGCCCGCAGCCGGGGCCCCACCGCCGCCCCCCCCCCCGCGCCAGGCCUGGAGCCCCAGCCGGGGCUGACCGGCCGCCGCUUACCGGCAGCCUCGCCGCCGCAGGAUGUGCUCGCCGCAAGGAAGCGCCUUCGGCAGGCAGCGGCCGCGGGCUGUCAGGCGCCGCCUGCCCAGCUCCCGCUGAGGGGAGACGGGCAGAGCUGCCAACGGACGUGGGGCCGGGGGAGGGGAAGCCACAGCAGCGCCUCAGGGCAGCGGCAGCGAGGGCGCCGCAGCUGGGCCGGGCCGGGCCGGGCCGGGCCGGGGGCAGCCCGCCGCCUCCUGUUGCUGCCCUCCCCGGUCAGGACGGGCCAGCCCGCCCCUACCUGGCGGGGGAGGCCGGGCCGCACACCCAGCGGCUGCCGCUCGCCGCCCGCCCCGCCAGCGCGGGCAAAAAUAGCAACAGGCGGCGGGUCCCCGGCCCGGCGCAGGCGGAGAGGGACAGGCGGCCGGCGACAGACGGGCGCGCGUGUCGCGACAGCGGACAGCUGAGGCCCCCUCGCCCGGCCCGUUCCGUCCCUCUCGGGGAGCGUUUCGGCGGCGCUGCCCCGUGUGUCUGUCACAACCUCUCGUCCCCCGCAGAGAACGUGUCCUUGUCGCCUUGCCGCGGUGAGCCCAGCUGGACCGCGAGGUUAGCUGAAGCUGUGAGCACAGAAGUUCUGCAUCCUCUUUCUCUGAUGCAAGACAAGAUGGACCUCAAUACGAAUGAUUCAGAUGCUGCCUUUGACUCUGCACAGCCAAGAAAAACUGACGUGACAGCCAGAGAAUGCAGGGACUACUCCUUGUGUCCUCCAGUGAUAACUCUGAAGUCUGUAAGUGCUUUGGUAAUGACCCUUCAGCAACAGUCCCUCUGGCCUCUGCAUCUCUCUGAAUGGACACAGAUUUGCCCUCAGCUGCAAAAUUGGGGAAAAAAAAGAAUUAAAGAGUAACAUGCACAGAUUAUUUUGGCCCAACUCCUUUAUGAAAGAGACAAGCCCCAGAUAACCCAAGACAGCUCUGCUUGAGGAGGCAUUUAUUGCUACUUCUGUAAUCAGCAAAGAGGCCAGGAUGGCUUGGUGGCUCUACAGCACGUUCAUUCUGUUGACAUGGAAGAGUGCAAAUCUGGUGACAUGUAGACAGGCUACAACUGCCAUUCAAACCCUCUUUGGUGAAUGAACUACAGGUAUUGUGCACCGAUGACAAAGAGAGAGAGCACAGUUUCUGUAGGUGCCUGCUGAUGAAAGGACUAUAUUGAAUGAUAAAGUUUUAACACUACAUUCUGAAACCUGUUCUUUAUUGCAGCACUCUACCGUUACUUUAUUGUACAUACUGCUGGUGUAUUGUAAUACAAUAUUAUUGUAGAGAAAACUGUACAAUUUCCUCCAUAGAUGUAAAUAUUUGCUGGAACAAAGUCUUCCUGACAAAAACACCAUUAGAGUUCUCAAGCAAUUCAGUGUCAAUAAGAUGAGAUAAUGCUUUUCUAUUUAAAGGCUAGCUUUAAAGCAAUAAUC